UCUAGUGAUGAGUGUGUAUUGGUUGAAUUGUCUUAGAUAAUUAUAUUGAUCUGCUAUCCACGUGGAGAUUGUCCCGCCUUCUACAGAAAACAACUUGAUUCCGUUGAAAGUUCGGAGAGGUGUGAAAGUAAGAAGAAUUUCUCCAAUUGAGAAUUACGCCACAUACUUUAUUUCUUAAGUUAGACGAGGGCUUAUAAGCAAAUAAAAAUUCCAAAGUUUUUACACCGUAAUUGAUAGUUGUCUGAAAAUGGAAAGUUUUAUUCUAAAUGUUGGAACUGAAAUUCAAACUACAUUUAUUUGCAAUUGACUAUUGUCAACAGGUAGUUUGAAACAUAAUGAUACAUAAUAUGGCGGGUGAAAUAGACAUUGAAAAUGCAACGAAUAAAUAUUUUUCGGAAUUACAGGCGACAACUAUAAAUGCAAAUUCUUUAAAAACCUUGGAGUAUACUUUUUGGAAUCGAACGAAAACGAAUUUUCUGAACGGCUCGUCGAAUGGUUCUAGCCAUGAAAUAAGUUUAUCAGACGAGUCUUUAGCUGGACUCAUUGUUCUUUAUACCUUAACAACAUUGUUUUCUGUGACUGGAAAUAUCUUUGCCGUCCUUGUUUUCACAAAGGGGCGCCAUUCUAGGACGGAUUUGAGACACUUUCUUGUAAAUUUAGCCGUAGCAGACUUAGUAAUGGCAAUGUUUUGUAUGCCAUUUACCUUUGCUGACGUCAUUUUAAACGAAUGGAUAUUUUCAAAACCAAUGUGCCCUAUUGUUUUGUUUGUACAGCUUCUGGCUGUGACAGCAAGUGUUUUAACAAACAUGGCCAUAGGAAUAGAUCGUUUUUUAGCAGUAACUUUUCCUCUUCACCUACGUGUGACAUUUUCGAGGAAGAAGUACGUCAUCAGCGUGAUUUGGAUAUGUGCAUUUUCCUUAGCUUGUGUUCAGUUCUUUGAAGGACGUGCGGUUGACGUCGGUGGUGGGAACCUUAAAUGUAUAGAGACUUGGGAGAGUGCGGAGUCUCGUCGUAUAUAUACUAUUUUCAUUUUACUUUUUACGUAUAUCAUCCCAUUAUUGAUAUUAGCCAUAACGUAUACUAUUGUUGGGAUAAUUUUAUGGAAGAGAACGGCGCCAGGAAACGAGGAUUAUGCUAGAGACAGACAACGGCUGAAAUCUAAAAUAAAGAUCGUAAAGAUGCUAGUUAUAGUAGUUGCAGUCUUCGGAUUAUGUUGGCUCCCUAUUCAUGUAUUUACAAUGAUCUUGGACUUCAAGCCGGAAAUACUUCAUUACGAAACAAUGGAAGACGCCAUGACUUUAAUGACUAUUUAUCUCUGUGUUCAUUGGCUAGCAAUGUCCAAUAGUUUUGCCAAUCCAUUGAUAUAUGGAUUUACAAAUGCAAAUUUUAGGGCUGACUUAGCAACUUUGAUGUUCCUGUGGUUUCCAUGUUGCGGAUGCCUUAGAAGAGUCAUUCCGAAAAGACAAUACAGCUCGAGUACACGUGAUAGUGUCAUAAUGAGGCGACAAAGUACUUUUAAAUCGUGCCGAGUAGGUAAUGGUUUUCAUUCCGUUAAGAACGAUGUCAGUCUUGUGACCACUUCUGGGGUGCCUAAACAUUUGACAUUGCGACAGACAAGUAAAGACAGCACAUUGUCGGAUGAUUGUAGUGCAUGGUAGUAUCGAUGUAAAUCAUUCAAUCCGUUUAAAUUUAGUGAUACAUUUCGUUGAUGGGACCAGAUCAAUUGAAUAGAAUAACAUUUAGACAUCUGUCAAUGAAGAAAGAACAUGCUCAUAUUAUCAUUUUUGUGGUGAGCAUUAAUUUCAACAUACGUUCUGUGAUUUGUAAUACAUAAAUACAUAACACUCCUAAUGUAUGACAACAAAGCAAUAUUUUGCUCUUAAAUUGUUUACCAAUGAAGACAGAGAAAAUAUCAAGGGGACAAGUAAAAACUUAAAAAUAUCGCAGAUA